UUAUAAUUCCUGAUUAAAGUUUGGCUGUGUUUCGCUCUGCUGUGUGGCAGGCGGCUGAGGAAGAGAUAAGUCGCUGAGGGGGCUCGGGUGGGAAUGGGGAGUGGGUCCCCUGCGGUCAGUGUGGGGCUGGGGCGCUAGGUUUGUAGGUGUGCAGUCAUUUUGUACAUCUUGUUAUCGGGCAGGGAGACCUCUGGAGAGGUCUCAUCGUUGCGAGCAGGCGGUCAGGGAACGCCUCUCUUUCAGGCGCUACUUUAAGAUACACGAGUUCGUAUUGAGGCGGGAAUUUUAUGUUUGAACUGAAGGCGCGUGUGCGUCUCGGUGCUCCGCUUUCAUGCGACUUCUUGGGGGAAGAGCCUUAGGAAGUUUCUCUCCAGUGAUUUUCUUUACAGCUAAAACGUUCAUGUUGACAACAAAGAAGCUGGAACAAUGGGAGUGACUAAUCUGUGGCAAAUCCUUGAGCCUGUGAGACAACCUGUCAGCUUGAGCAGUCUCAAAGGAAAAACGCUUGCUGUUGAUUUAAGUUUGUGGGUUUGUGAAGCGCAGACCGUUAAAAAGAUGAUUGGAGUAGUUACCAAGCCACAUUUGAGAAACCUAUUUUUUCGGUUCUCUUUCUUAACAUCAAUGGGAAUUAAACUAGUGUUUGUCAUGGAAGGAGAGGCCCCCAGGUUGAAAGCAGACACCAUGAGUAAGAGGAACGAGAUGCGCUAUGGACCUUCCAAGAGACAUGGGGCUGCAAGAACAGGGAGAUCUCAUUUUAAAUCCGUGUUAAAAGAGUGUCUGGAACUGUUGGAGUGUUUAGGUGUCCCUUGGGUUCAAGCAGCAGGAGAAGCAGAGGCAAUGUGUGCUUACCUAAAUGUAAAAGGCCACGUUGAUGGGUGCAUUACCAACGAUGGAGAUGUCUUCCUAUACGGAGCUCAAACGGUUUAUAGGAACUUUGCCAUGAAUGCUAAGGAACCGUAUCUUGACUGUUACACAAUGUCUUCUAUUAAGGAGAAGCUUGGUUGUGACAGAGAGUCUUUGAUUGGGCUAGCUGUUCUUCUGGGUUGUGAUUACCUUCCAAAGGGCGUUCCAGGAGUUGGAAAAGAACAAGCUUUAAAGUUAAUUGAGACUUUGAGAGGUCAAAACUUACUGCAAAGAUUUGAGCAAUGGAAAGAAUUUCAGUAUGAUAAUAAUCCACCUUUGGUUGUGAAAAGGGUAAUUCACUGUUCUGAGUGUCAUCAUCCAGGGUCUUACAAGGAACAUGAGCGCAGUGGAUGUAAACUCUGUGAAAGCACGAGAUACUGCAAACCCAAUGACUCCAAGUACUGCUGCCCUUGCGAAUGGCAUCAGUUAGAACAAGUGAAACAAGCAAAUGCAGUGGAGGACAAUAUCAGAAAAAAAGCUAAUAGUUGUGAAGGCUUUCCAUUCUCUGAGGUUAUCCAAGAAUUUCUUGUAAACAAGAAUAAAUUAAUCAAGAUAAUGGAAUGCAAAAGGCCAAAUUUAUUGUCUUUUCAGAUAUUUGCUUCUGAGAAGAUGGAAUGGGCAAAGAAUUACGCUUGUAAGAAACUGUUAGCACUGUUGACACUUUAUGAUAUGAACCAGAGAAAAUCUGGGUACAUCAAUUCAAAACAACUGCAGGCAAUACGGAUAGUCAAGACACGUGUUAAAAAUGGGAUUCCUUGUUUUGAAAUUGAGUGGCAAAAACCAGAACAUUAUGUUGAUGCAGAAGAUGAGCCCGUGGAGUUGUUUGUAAUCACAGUAGAAGAGGCGUCUGUAUUUCAGGCUGCUUAUCCAGAUGUUGUUGCUCUUUACCAAAUGGAAAAGUCAGAAGCUCUGGCAAAGAAACAGAAAAACAGGAAAAACAAACCGAAAGAAAGAGAGUUAUCAAACGCUUGUGAUGAAGUUACUGAUCUCCUAUCUCAAAUGAAUUUUAAGUCUACAAGUGAAAUUCUGACUGUGCAAGACCACACACUAGAUACAAAAACUGCACCUGAAUAUGAGAUACACCAGAGUAACAUUGAAUCAAAAGAGCCAGCAAUAGCUGCAGCUUCCUGUGUAACAUGCGUUCAGGUGCCAGUAUCAGCAGUUGGGCUUUCUCUGACUGCAUCACCUAGCUUGCACUCGCAGGGUACGUUGGCUGACGCAUCUGUAUUACCAGUACAACUUACUAAAAGUUCAGAGAUUUCUUCUUCCUCUGUAGCAGCUGAUCUACAAUUGAGCAGUAUUGACUGGGAAGAAACUUCCUUCAGCGCUUCACCAGCCCAGGGGUGUGAUGGCUGUGAUCCAGCAUCUGACUUGACUGCAUGCAUAAAGCGCUCACACCCGCUACCUCAUAAAACAGGGAAAAAUACCUCAGAAUAUUUGGGGGCUUUGCAGUCUGAUACAGACCAUUCUGACAGUGCAGAUGAUUUAGUUUCAGAUGGUGGUAUGGCACAACUUCAGAAGCUGUCUUUAAGUGAGCGUAUAUUUAGGAAGACUUCCAUUCCGUCAAAGCCUUUGCUGUCAGAAGAUGUAACGCAGCGAGAGCCUCUCAACGGGUUUAAACACACAAAGGCAGCAUUGAAUCCUGAUAAAGAUUCUCUCUCUUCCUCGUGUCCGUUAAACAAACCAGUGCAAGCAACUAAAAAUAUGCUAUCGGAAACCUGUUCAAGGGAAUAUGGUGUACAUAUUUGUAAAGAUCAAUGCAAAGAAGCUGACAGCCUGUAUGAAAUGAUACAAAAAGACCACAAUAUAACAUCUCUAGCCUUCUGUGGGCAAACAACAGAGCCAUUGUAUACUGUGUGUGAAAUGCUUCCCCCAUCUCAAAAGCCAGCAGAUGUGGUAACUGGCCAUCACUUUACAAAAACUUGUACUCAGACUGCUUGGAAAACUUCUUCUAAAAAGAGCGUGUGUCAGAACAGAUGCUCCUCUAGUGAGGACAGUGAUGAUGGCAACGCUAAUAAAAAUCCAAUUUAUAAGAAAAUAAAAAGGCAGCCGAACACUGGACAGUUUAAAAAGUCUUUUGCAGAGAAAAGGGGUAACACUGUUACUAGCAAAAGAACAAGCAGCGACUCAGCACUUAUAAUUAAACAGAGGAAGAAAAAAAACAAUUUUAAGGAAGCUGGUAAUAAUUUGUCAUUGCAAAUAUCUCCAGAACCUUCCUGUGUAGUGGAAAUUGAUUGUUCUGAAAGUCCAGAACAAGUGACCAGUUCCAGUCCUGCGCAGGAAGCUGAAAGUGAUGUUCAGAUUUAUCUGUGGGCAGACAGUCCCCUUCCCCUGUCUGAAAGACUGAAAGGAAGACUCAAAAUCAAUUAGGUCCUUCAUAAAAUAGAUUAUGAUAACAAUUAACUCUGAACCUUUAGCUCUUACAGAGGUCUUUCUCAAAAUUUCUGCAGCGUGUUCUGUCAGUUCAAAGUGGACAAACUCAUGACAAAUAAGAAGUGUACUGAAAUACUUCAUAUUGGUGCUAAAGUUUGAAACUAAAAUGAUAGCAAAAGUAUUAAAUCACAAUUUAUAGGCAAAUACCCAUUAUUCUGGACUUGAUCAUGUUCUGAACUUCUUAUGUAAGCAGCAGUCUGUAGUAUACAAGGGAGCAAAAGGUGUUAUUUUUGAAAUAUGAAGUCUGUUUUUUCCCAGCCAAGUUGUGCUUCAUGCACAGCUAUUAGUCCUUCUGCUUAUAAAAAAUAGAGCUAUUAAAACAGUGUCUGUGUUGCUGUUGGGUGUGCUUAAUAAGACAAAGCAAUACAACUUUUUACAACUGAAAUUUUCCAUUCUGCCCCACUAACUUAAUUUUGCUAGUUUUAAAAUAGACGCUGGUUGUGUUGGCUACCUCUAAAGGACCAGAUAGAGGCACGCAGCAGAUGUACCUUGCAGCGUAGCUAAAUUUAUAUCUGCCAUGCCCUAUAAUAAACUGCUCUUUGAGUGUGUACACCUUCCAAAGAAUAGAAUAAGCCAUCUAAGCAUAUGCUGGUUUUGUAGCUGUGACUUCUGCUAUUUAAGUAAACUUGAUGGCUGUUAUAAUCAUGUGCUUAUAGAUUGGGGCAUUUUUUACUUACAGAAGAUAUGAAAUCCUAUCUAAUAUUCACUUCUAAUUAUAUUGGGAUAAAGAUUAAAUUACAGAAAAUCAGAAUCUAAUAAUGGUAUUGCAGACUUUUAAAAAUAUCAUGUACUGUAAAUGUUUGUUAUUGAGCUUGAAUACACUGCGUUUUUGAAGGUGUUCUUCCUCUUUAAUACACAAGCAAUCUGGUUAUAGACACAAAAAAAAUAAAAUAUUGUCUUCAGCAGCUUAUUGGAAAUGCUUCCUUGCCUAUAUUUAAGCAUUCAUAACUUCUUCUAUGCACCAGCCAGAAGGAAGACCACUCUUACUGACAAAUAAUGUUAAUAAUAGAAAUCAACUUAGAAUAUCUAUGCCUUAAUGAAAAUGUCAGUUCUUUCUUUAUAAAGGCCAAAGCUUUAGAAGUUAGGAAGCUAAACUCCCAACUGUGUUUAAGGAAGAAAUAGAAAAUGUAAUUAGCAAAAAUGGUAGUUUCUUACAUUGCCUAUAGGUAGAUAAAGUUGGUUUAUAGCAGGCUUUUCAAAUGAGAAAUGCAGUAUGUAAAUAAGCAAAAAAUCCAAAAUUAUUGGAAAUGUUUUCAGUUUUGAAAAUGGUCUCCUGUGGAGACUCACUGUGCAGCUGAUGUGAGAGGGCAGCUGAGAGAACAGAAAUGCUAUGAAGUGGCAUAGCAGUCACCUGGGGAUCCCCUAUCUAGUGAUCAAUAGUGGACAGAUCAGACCUUUUUUUUUUUUUGUGGUGGAGGAAAAAAAAAUAAUAUU